AAAUUAGAAUUUUCUUUCUUUUGAUUUGUUAAUUUAGGCCAUUAUUUGGCUCUGUCUUUGAAUUCUAGACUAACCAUACUUCGUCAAGGUGCCCAUGCCUGAGUGCACGCAUGCAUAGUUUUUUACAAGAUGGAUCACAUUUGUAGACACUUAACUUGGGAUUCAUAAUUAAUCAGAUUUGUAGUUUGAUUACAGUAUUUUUCUUAGGUUUUUAAAAAAUGGUCAACUUUUGUAAAAGGGAUCAAGAAAGCUUUACUCCUCUGUCCUGGCAGCUCCAUCCUAGAGCUUGUUGAAAGGGAGCAGUAACUGAUGAGAAUCAAAGGCCAUGGAUGAAGAUGGACUUGAAUUACAACCACAAGAGCCAAACUCGUUUUUCGGUGCAACAGGAGCUGAUGCUACACACAUGGAUGGUGAUCAAAUUGUUGUGGAAGUACAAGAGACUGUUUUUGUUUCAGAUGUUGUGGAUUCAGACAUAACUGUGCAUAACUUUGUUCCUGAUGACCCAGACUCCGUUGUAAUCCAAGAUGUUAUUGAGGAUGUUGUGAUAGAAGAUGUUCACUGCCCCGAUAUCAUGGAAGAAGCAGAUGUAUCUGAAACGGUCAUCAUUCCUGAGCAAGUGCUGGACUCAGAUGUAACUGAAGAAGUUUCUUUAGCACAUUGCACGGUCCCAGAUGAUGUUUUGGCUUCCGACAUUACUUCAGCCUCAAUGUCUAUGCCAGAACAUGUCUUAACGAGUGAAUCCAUACAUGUGUCUGAUGUUGGACAUGUUGAACAUGUCGUUCAUGAUAGCGUAGUAGAAGCAGAAAUUGUCACUGAUCCUCUGACAACGGACGUCGUUUCAGAAGAAGUACUGGUAGCAGAUUGUGCCUCUGAAGCAGUCAUAGAUGCCAACGGGAUCCCUGUGGACCAGCAAGAUGAUGACAAAAGCAACUGUGAGGACUACCUUAUGAUUUCCUUGGAUGAUGCUGGCAAAAUAGAACAUGAUGGUUCUUCUGGAAUGACCAUGGAUGCGGAGUCAGAAAUCGAUCCUUGUAAAGUUGAUGGCACUUGCCCUGAAGUCAUCAAAGUAUACAUUUUUAAAGCUGACCCUGGAGAGGAUGACUUAGGUGGCACCGUAGACAUUGUGGAGAGUGAGCCUGAGAAUGAUCAUGGAGUUGAAUUACUUGAUCAGAAUAGCAGUAUUCGUGUGCCAAGGGAAAAGAUGGUGUAUAUGACUGUCAACGACUCUCAGCAAGAAGACCAAGAUUUAAAUGUUGCUGAAAUUGCUGACGAAGUUUAUAUGGAAGUGAUCGUGGGAGAGGAGGACGCUGCUGCCGCGGCGGCUGCCGCCGUGCAUGAGCAGCAGAUGGACGACAACGAAAUCAAGACCUUCAUGCCAAUAGCGUGGGCGGCAGCUUACGGUAAUAAUUCUGAUGGAAUUGAAACCCGGAAUGGCACUGCAAGUGCCCUCUUGCACAUAGAUGAGUCUGCUGGGCUCGGCAGACUGGCUAAACAAAAACCAAAGAAAAGGAGAAGACCUGAUUCCAGGCAGUACCAAACAGCAAUAAUUAUUGGCCCUGAUGGACAUCCCUUGACUGUUUAUCCCUGCAUGAUUUGUGGGAAAAAAUUUAAGUCGAGAGGUUUUUUGAAAAGGCACAUGAAAAACCAUCCCGAACACCUUACGAAGAAGAAGUACCGCUGUACUGACUGUGAUUACACUACCAAUAAGAAGAUAAGUUUACACAAUCACCUGGAGAGCCACAAGCUGACCAGCAAGGCCGAGAAGGCCAUCGAAUGCGACGAGUGUGGGAAGCAUUUCUCUCACGCUGGGGCUUUGUUUACUCACAAAAUGGUGCAUAAGGAAAAAGGAACCAACAAGAUGCACAAGUGUAAAUUCUGUGAAUACGAAACAGCUGAACAAGGGUUGUUGAAUCGCCACCUCUUGGCGGUCCACAGCAAGAACUUCCCUCACAUUUGUGUGGAGUGCGGUAAAGGUUUUCGGCACCCGUCAGAGCUCAAAAAGCACAUGCGAAUCCAUACUGGGGAGAAGCCGUACCAGUGCCAGUACUGCGAGUAUAGGUCUGCAGACUCUUCUAACUUGAAAACGCACGUAAAAACUAAGCAUAGUAAAGAGAUGCCAUUCAAGUGUGACAUCUGUCUUCUGACUUUCUCAGAUACCAAAGAGGUGCAGCAACAUGCUCUUAUCCACCAGGAGAGCAAAACACACCAGUGUUUGCACUGCGACCACAAGAGUUCGAACUCAAGCGACUUGAAACGACACAUAAUUUCAGUCCACACAAAGGACUACCCCCAUAAGUGUGACAUGUGUGAUAAAGGCUUUCACAGGCCUUCUGAACUCAAGAAACAUGUGGCUGCCCACAAGGGUAAAAAAAUGCACCAGUGUAGACAUUGUGACUUUAAGAUUGCAGAUCCAUUUGUUCUAAGUCGCCAUAUUCUCUCAGUUCACACGAAAGAUCUUCCCUUUCGGUGUAAGAGAUGUAGAAAGGGAUUUAGGCAACAGAAUGAGCUUAAAAAGCAUAUGAAGACACACAGUGGCAGGAAAGUGUACCAGUGUGAGUACUGUGAGUAUAGCACUACAGACGCCUCGGGCUUUAAACGGCACGUGAUCUCCAUUCACACGAAGGACUAUCCUCACCGCUGUGAGUACUGCAAGAAGGGGUUCCGACGACCUUCAGAAAAGAACCAGCACAUAAUGCGGCAUCAUAAGGAGGUUGGCCUGCCCUGAUAGUCCUUCUACAGACACUUGGGGAGAUGUUGGCCUUGAAGCAGAAAUCUCAUUUUAAAGACAGUCAGUCUUGUUCACAUACAAUACUGUAUAUUGAUUUAUGCUGUGUACAAAUAGAAUUAUUGCUUCUAGUUGAGUUUUUUUUUUACGUUUUGUUUAAUAGUGUGUUCUGAAUUCUAUUCAGUUUGUUUAAUAAAUGGGGGAAAGCAGCAACAAGUAAGUUGCUUUUAAUAAAGUAAUCCUUGAUUCUAUACUGAAUUUUUCUAUCUUACAAGUUUUAUAUUUAUUUAAAUAUUUACCUUGCUUACCUUGAUGGUACUCUUCUAAGACCAUUUAACUUAAAGUUAAGGUAACUUUAGAUCGGUAACUCUGAAAGUAUUCGUAUUGACUCAUUUUUUUUUUCCCCAUAAAUUUCUCACAAUAAAAUUGCCAGAGACAUCUACUAACAUAAAUGGGAGAUUUUCCAGUCAGGUCUAACUAUCCUAACCCGGAAGUCAUUGACUUGUCUUGCUUACUCUUCUCAGACCACAUGACAAUGACAGUUUCUAUUUGAGCUUUGCUACCUGAGCAUUGCUGAGGAAAGAACCCUGGCUGGACUCGUCUUUACUUUUCGUUUCGUUGAGCAGACAAGCUGUACUUUUUGCAGGGGGGGCUUUCUUUGGUGAAUUUACAUCUUUUGUCAGCAUAGCAGACUUCUAGAAAACUUCCUUGACAAAUUUUGCUUGAUAACGUUGUAUUUUGCUUAUUCCGUCUGUGCUGCGUUGUCUCGGAAUGGUUGUGUUACAAAUGAGAUUAUCGGGGACUGCAUUUUGGAAUCUCCUAGAGGUAAUUUGUGGCUCGUAGGAUCUUUUGCGACUUUAUAUAUGUAAAUGUACCCUGAAUUAUAUAUAUGCACAUAUAUAGAGAACAUGUAUCUGUGUGUAUUGCUUAUUUUACGUAUUUAUACACACAACCCCAGUAGUAGUUGUUUAAGAUCUAUAAUGAAAAGUAUUAAAUUUACAAUAACAUGAAAGAUGCAGGGAUGCAUGAGAGAGCAUUUUGUAAAUCAUGCUCUUCAGAGAGACUACUCAGGUGAAGAAUUAGAAGGAAACUAAGGACACUAGUAUUUUUAAAGAGUAAAGGUAUUUUCUUUUAAAUAUCUUUGGUAACUGAAAAAUAGACGUUACGAUGUUUGUAGAUAGGAUGUUUUCAUACAACUUCAGCUCCAUGCCUUUAUAUUUUUCUGAAAAGCUAAUGAGCAUCCAGACAGAACUCCCUCCAUUCUCUUGGAGAAGCUCACGAGGGAACUCUGUGUCUGUCGCCCAGUGAAUGGGGACUAAGGAAGCCACAGCUCCAUGUCCCAGAGGUUGGGUGCUAAUGACGACUUCCGCUUGGCAGGGCCAGCCUGCUCGGUUAUUUCUUAGUUACAGUUAGCAAACUUUAAAAACCUGAACACUCAAACUGGCUUUGGUUAGAAGAUAAAGGUGUGUUUAAGUGCAAGAGGAAAAUCUGAGGCCUUAUUUGGAACAUCCCCAAGUCUUUCACUGUCUUGUUUUUCUUUGAGAGUUGACUUAUUUUAUUUUUGGGGUUUUUUUCACAUAGUUUAUUGUCAAGUUGG